AUGAGUCAGAAUAGUUCAGAUGAUCCACAUUUCCUAACAACGGUACAUAAAGCAGGAAUCCGCGGGAGAUGUUCGGGGGAAGUUUAUGUGUACUCUGGCAAAAUGUUUCUGCUGGUCAUGCCAAAUGCUAAAGGUAAUUGUGUAGGUCAAGAAUUGCUAAAUGAAGUACCCUUCAUGGAGAUCCUUCUGAUAUUAGGUUUUCGUUUGCUCUGCACUCACCAUGCAUUUCAUGACUGCAUGUUUCUAAGUUCUCCAUUUUCAUUAUCUGCUGAUAAUGGCACUACCAAACGACCCAGCAAGCCACUCUCCAUUGUCCUCUGGACCAACCCCCAACGGAACCCCUUCGACCUCUCCGAAGGGCAGGUAUCAUCUCGGAUUUUCUUGGGCAUUAAAAUUCCACCACUUGAAGGCAAAGAAGAAAUGCAUCCUCCCAUUGAGAAAUGCAACGUCGGUGUGCAUAGAAAUGCAGAAGAUGCAAAUACUGGUGCGUCUGAUCUGUUGACUGCGCCCACAAAAACUAAUUCUGGUGGAUCUAGUUCAUUGACCGCAUCAAUUGGAAACUACUAUGAUGUGUUCUUGAACUUUAGAGGUGUAGAUACUCAAAAGGGUUUCACUGAUCACCUCUACAAUGGGCUUCUCGAUGCUGGAAUUCAUACUUUUAGAGACAAUAAUGAGAUUCGGCAAGGAGAGAUGAUCGGCCCAGAUCUUUUGACAGCCAUCAAGAAUAGUAAGAUCCUAAUCCCGAUUCUCUCUGUAAAUUAUGGUUCAAGCAAUUGGUGCAUGGACGAGCUUGUUCAAAUAAUGGAGUGCAAGAAAAGUGACAGCGGGCAUAUAGUGUUGCCGAUAUUCUACAAAGUGGAACCAGCUCACGUGCGACAUCAAAUCGGGAGUUUUGGGGAUGCAUUUCAUAAGCGCGAGAGGCGUUUCGACACAACAAUUUUCGAUAAAUGGAAGCAAGCACUCGUUGAAGUUAGUUCCUUGAAAGGAUGGGACGCUAAUGGGUAUGAAGGAGAAUUGGUAAAAUCGAUUGUCCGGAAAGUGUUAAGCGAGUUGAAAAAAAAGUUUGAGUUGAAUAUUCCUGAGAAUUUGGUUGGAAUUAAUAGUCAUGUGGAGAAGAUUAUAAAAUUUGUAGAUAAAAGUCCUUGUGACACCCUAUUUGUUGGCAUCCAUGGAAUGGGAGGCAUUGGCAAGACAACUCUUGCUAAAACCAUCUACAACAAGCUCUUAAAUAAAUUUGAGUAUCAUAGCUUCAUUGCUGAUAUUAGGGAGUCAUGGGAGCGCUUUGGCAUUCAUUGCUUACAAAAUCAGUUAAUCGUUGAUAUAUUGAAGCAAGACAAUCAAGCUCGUAAUAAGGAUGAAGGGAUUAAGAUCCUCUCAUUAAUGCUUAAAGGUAAGAAAGUCCUCAUUCUUCUUGAUGAUGUAGAUGAUUAUGAUCAGCUGAAAGCUUUGGCUGGAAAUCAUCAUUGGUUUUCUUCAGGAAGUAGGAUCAUUAUUACCACCAGAAACAAGAGUAUUCUUGACAAUGCUCGGGUGAACUACAACUAUGAACAUGAGGAAUUGGAUAAGGAUAAAUCUUUGAUUCUAUUUAGUAGACAUGCAUUUCGAAAGGACUCGCCUCCAAGUGAAUAUGAAGACCUCGCUUAUGAUGUUGUGUCCACCACUGGAGGGCUUCCCUUAUCUCUUGAGGUUCUAGGUUCAUAUUUGUGCGGACAACAGCCAAUGCUAUGGAGGGAUACGAUAAAAAAGUUAAGAAAAGUCCCUCAUAAGAAAGUGCAAGAAAAGUUAAGGAUAAGUUAUGAAGCAUUGGAUUAUAGACAAGAACAGAUAUUUUUGGAUAUUGCUUGCUUUUUCAUUGGGACCAGCAAAAGAAUUGCAUCCUACAUGUGGGACGCUUGUGACUUUUUCCAGAGGAAGGAAUUGAAGUAUUGA